CGCGCCGGCAGCCUGCGGGCGGGCUCCUGACUCUCGCGGGGGCGAUGACCGCGGUGCCACGCCGCCUCCUCCGUCCUCUCCUCGGCUCGCCGUUCGGGAUGGGAGACUCGGCCUCCAGGCUGCCCAGCAGAGCGGAGGCCCUGCCCGGCCGGAGCCAGAGCAUCCGGGUGUCAGCUAAACACCAUGUCAACGGAAACAGAACAGUGGAACCUUUCCCAGAGGGAACACAGAUGGUUUUAUUUGGUAUGGGAUGUUUCUGGGGAGCAGAGAGAAAGUUUUGGACACAGAAAGGAGUCUACUCCACUCAAGUGGGUUAUGCAGGAGGGUGUACCCCAAAUCCCACCUAUGAAGAGGUUUGUUCAGGGAAAACUGGCCAUACAGAAGCGGUGCGAGUAGUAUAUCAGCCAGAAAACAUCAGAUUUCAGAAACUGCUCAAGGUCUUCUGGGAGAAUCAUGACCCGACACAAGGAAUGAGGCAAGGUAAUGACUUUGGCACACAGUAUCGCUCGGCCAUCUACACGUUCUCUCAGGAACAGAUGGAAGCUGCUCUGCGAUCUAAAGAGGAUUAUCAAAAGGUAAUAUUGGAUAGGAUGUGGAAUUAG